CAUUGCUGCAGCAGCAACCGCCCCAGCUGCAGCAGCAACAACCAUUGCUGCAGCAGCAACAACCAUUGCUGCAGCAGCAACAACCAUUGCUGCAGCAGCAACCGCCCCAGCUGCAGCAGCAACAACCAUUGCUGCAGCAGCAACCGCCCCAGCUGCAGCAGCGACAACCAUUGCUGCAGCAGCAAAACCCGCUGCUGCACAAGCAACCGCCCCAGCUGCAGCAACAACCAUCACUGCUGCAGCACCGAAACGCGCUGCUGCACAAGCAACCACCCCAAGUGGAGCAGCAAACACCACUGUUGCAGCAGCAAAACCCUCUGGUCCAGCAGCAAACCCAACUGCUGCAGCUGCAACCACCACUGCUGCAGCAGAAGCAACCACCACUGCUGCAGCAACAAGCAUCACUGCUGCAGCAACAACCACCACUGCUGCAGCAGAAAACCCCUAUGCUCCACCAACAACCAUCACUGCUGCAGCAGCACCAACCAUCACUGCUGCAGCAGCAGCAACCACCAUUGCUGCAGCAGCAGCAACCAUCACUGCUGCAGCAGCAGCAACCAUCAUUGCUGCAGCAGCACCAACCACCACUGCUGCAGCAACAGCCAUCACUGCUGCAGCAACAACCACCACUGCUGCAGCAGAAGACCCCUAUGCUCCACCGGCAACCACCAUUGCUGCAGCCGCAGCAACCACCAUUGCUGCAGCAGCAGCAACCACCAUUGCUGCAGCAGCAGCAACCCCCACUGCUGCAGGAGCAGCAACCCCCACUGCUGCAGAAGCAGCAACCCCCACUGCUGCAGCAACCGGUAGUGUUGCAACGACCGCUUCAGUAGACAACGAAGUGCGGCAGCUACUGCAACUCCCUGCAGCCCCGCAGAAGCAAAGUCAGCAGCAGCACUGCAGCAGCAACAGCAGAGUAGCAACGACGGCAAUUAAGGAAAGGCAGCAAACGCAGCAGCAGCAAAUGCAAGCGCAGCAGCAGGGGGUGCUGCAAAUGCAGCAGCAGAAAAGUCAGCAGCAGCAAAUUGAGCGGCAGCAAACACAACCGCAGCAAAAACAGCAGCAGAUGCUGCCCCUUCAGCAGCAAAAUCAGCAGCAGCAAAUGCAGCAGCUACCCAGGGCGACAACAGCAAUAGUAAGUAUAACAGCAGCGCCGGAGAUGGGAAUGUGCAGCGUUCGGGUGCAUAUAUACCUCCACCCCUCCCCUCAUAACAGCUGCAGUAGCAGAAACAGCAGCUGCAGCAGCAACAACAACAGCAGCAGCAACAACUGCAGCAGCAACAACAGCACCAACUCCGCCCCUCCCGAAGGCGCUGGUGCCCCAGAAGCAACAGGAGCAGCAGCAGAUGCAGCAGCAUGUGCAGCAGCAGAAGCAGCUGAAACAGCAGCUGCAGCAGCAAGAGUAGAUGCAGCAGCAGCAGCAACAACAACAACAGCUGCAGCAGCAACAGCAGCUGCAGCACAGUUGCCUCGUCGUGCUAGCACGUGA